AUGGCUUCAUCUGUUUCCUCUUCAAACUCGAGCGCUUUCCUAGCCAUACCGCUAGAGAUCCGUCGACAGAUCUACCGAUAUUGUAUCCCACAAAAGCCUCUCAUUGAUGUUUCGAGCGGCGUGUGCCGGAAAACCCUCUUUGACUGGUCCGAAGAACUAAAUGAGCACCCUCAUCAUGGCCUGGAGGAGAUUGGCGACACCCCAUUCAUCGAGAUUGAAGAGGGCGAAGAGAGCGAGUCCGAAACCUCGAUAGAUUGUGGUAGCAAUAGGAUCAUGUACGAGCUCUAUCCGAGUAGUCGGAGCGCAUUCCCUGGCCUCCUUCUCUGCUGUCGACAAAUCACUGAGGAGGUGACGGAUAUAUUAUAUGACGAUGCUACCAUGUUAGUCGGGCUUCACAGUAUUGGCCAAACUAGACUCGCCAAAUUGCCCAAGGCAAGAGAGAAAAUCCGCAAAAUGAUUCUUAUAUUACGGCCGACUCCAGCUUUCUACAAUCCCGAUUUCCGAAUGGACCCGAAUAUUUGGGAUAGUAUUCUUGGUAACCUUUCGACGCUCGGGAUUAUUGCGGAGCAGCCCCCUAAAAUAGAAUCGCCUGAAGAAAUAGAGCUGGAGAAUGACCUCGAGGAAUGGAUCACACGGAUAACACCUAUCUGCGAUUACAUGGGCCGGUCACUUAGUCGAGAAGCCGAGGUGGUGGUGGAUGCAAAUGAUGAGGAAGAGACGGUAAACGUAUUGGAAAAGGCAAUACCAGGGCGCUGUCACUUUCAAAACUUUUCAAUGGCCGAUGUCAUAUUCAGAAGAGGGAGAUACUCUCUGGAGUCGGGUACAGACUGGGAUGAUUUCGAUGACGGUCUAACUAGCUGUCGAGACAUCAUCGCCGACUGUGACUAUGACCUCUACUAUUCUGAUUAA